AUGGCGGACUCCGACAAUGAUUCCGGCGGUCCACACGGUGGCGGAUCGAGCGCUCACGGCAGCGAGAUGUCACCGAGAGAACAAGACCGUUUCCUUCCGAUAGCAAACGUAAGCAGGAUCAUGAAGAAGGCACUUCCAGCGAACGCGAAGAUCUCAAAAGACGCAAAAGAAACAGUUCAGGAGUGCGUUUCGGAGUUCAUCAGCUUCAUCACCGGCGAAGCCUCCGACAAAUGCCAGCGCGAGAAGCGGAAGACGAUUAACGGCGACGAUUUGCUGUGGGCGAUGACCACGCUCGGGUUUGAAGAAUACGUGGAGCCUCUCAAAGGUUAUCUUCAGAGGUUUAGGGAGAUGGAAGGAGAGAAGACGGUGGUGGCGCGUGACAAGGACGCGCCUCAAGGUUCUAAUAGUGUUAACAACAGUUCGUUUGAGAGUGGUGGUAAUUAUGGUGCGGGAAUGAUGAUGCAUCAAGGACACGUGUAUGGUUCUGGUGGAUUUCAUCAAGUUAUGGGUAAGGGUGGGCCUGGCUAUCCUGGGCCUGGGCCUGGACCUAAUUCUGGUAGGCCCAAAUAG